GAAGGCUUGUCCUCCUCCUACACACACACAUACACACACACACACAGAAAUCAGGAGUGCUGGGAGCAGGCAGUUUGCGGAGGAGAGGGGAGAGCAUGUUAAGUGACUGCUGACCCCUCUGUUCUAGAAGCCAGCGAUGCGGGGCUUCCACUCCAAGCUGGAUGCGUCGUCGCUGGGCAUGGCCGUGCCGCUGAACCUGGCCGUGGAGACGGAGAAGGCCCAGGCUCUCCUCCAGACCUUCAGCACAGCCUCUUUACUGGCCAGUGCAGGCCUGGGAGUCUUCUGCUUCCUGGCCGACCACAUCCUGACCUCCCCCUUCAUCCAGCACCAUGUGUGGCUCAGGGCAGCGCUGGACAACUCUGUGCACGGUGUGAUCGGUCUGUGGUCCUGGGCCAUCGUCAUCGGGCUGAGGAAGAAGAGUGACUUCUAUGAAGUCGUCUUGGCGGGCUUCCUCGCCUCCAUCAUCGACCUGGACCACUUCUACAUGGCCGGAUCGCUGUCGCUCAAAGCUGCUCUGAGUCUGCCCCAGCGGCCGCCGCUGCACUGCUCCACGCUGAUCCCGGCGCUCUGCUUCUCUCUGCGGCUGCUGAUGUGGGCCUGCCGGCUGAAGGACUCGUGGUGCUCUCUGCCCUGGAUGCUCUUCAUCUCGCUGGCGUCCCACCACAUCCGAGACGGGGUGCGCCACGGCCUGUGGCUCUGUCCCUUCGGCAACACGGCGCCCAUCUCCUACUGGCUGUACGUCACCAUCACCGCCACACUGCCGCACUUGUGCUCUGUGCUGAUGUACCUCACUGGCACCAGGGACAUGAUCUCCACCAAACACGGCGUGGCUAUUGACGUCUGAGGGAGCGCAUUCACUUUUAACAUACGCAGGCUUGUACCAUGUGUUUGGAAUUUGAUUCUUCUUUCCUCGCACUGGAGACACUUCUGUGACAGACCUUGCGCUCCCCUUUUUUUCACCUUAUGCCUCACGUCCAUUGUGAUCAAUCGAUCAGUUUUACCCCCUAUCCCUCACCGUUACCUUUUUAUCACAUCACAUCGUGUCUGUGGUCAUUUAACUAGCUGUUCAGGUGUCACUUUGCUGUCAGGUUUUCUUGACCUUCCUUUAAUGGACUCUAAUGUGCAUUUCUACUAUUUAUAUUAUUGUCAGAGAGACUGAAGAGACUGUUGCCCUCCUCGUCUGAAGGAUUUUCUUGCCUUGUGGUCGUACUGAGCCUACUAUUCUUUUACACUUGAUGUGAUUAGUGAGUUUAGUCCAAGAAUUUUUAAACGCUUUAUUUUCCCAGACAAAAUCAGGAUUAUCAGUCACUCAGACCACAUAGACAGCCUGAGCUGAACAUCAUCUUUCACCAAAGUACAGAAUUACUGUACUAGACAUCAUGGAAAUCUCACUUCAGCGAACAGACAGAUAUCCUUUAACACUGACUGACUAGCUAUCUUGGCAAGCUUCGUUUAUUCAGUGUCAGAACUUCAUAUGCGAAUAUAUGCUGAAGAGCUCAGGACAUUUAACUUUACUCAUUUAGCUUACUUUAAGACAACUUAGAAUAUUUGUAGUGUAUAGUGUUUCCACAGUAACUACAAUCUUAUGUGUUUUCGUUAGGGUCCAGGGUUUCAUGCAGAACAUUGGGUAGUCAAGGUCGAGCCUUUGCAUAUGGUAAUGCUGGUGAUUCACCGUUUUUCUUGACAGAUAAUUAUCUUCUUUCCAGCAGAUGUCGCUAUUUGGCCCCAUUGCAAUGCGGUGGCAGGGGGCAUUUGUUUCCAAGGCAGUCAACCUAACUAUAACGUGCUGUGGAAAACCCUGAGAAGAAAGGAAGUACAAUAGAAGAGAAUCUCAAAUAGAUGGUAGAAUACCAAUUUGAGAAUCUCUUAUGGGUUUUUAUUGAACACCAAAAAGUGCUUCUGAUUUAGUACAAAACUAAUGAUUUCAGAUGAAGCAAUUGAGCUAAAUCAAUUUCUUGAUUUUUUUUUUUGUCGCAUACAUUGUUGAAUGUUAUUUUAAUUGAUUUUAAUGUUCCAAAUUCCAUCCAUUCCAUCCAAUAAUACAUUUUCACACCUUUAAUGCAUAACGCAUACAUCCGCCCACAGCUUGUGGUGGAAAGAGCUUUAGAUACAGGGCAUUGUGUUAGUAAUAGUAGUAGUAGUAGUAAUUGUGUGAUUGUGUGCUGUGAUGAGUGUAUCAGGAAGAUAGGGAAGUGAAAGAAUGGAAAAGGUCUGUUUGCUGUUUAGACUUCCAGGAAAAAGGAGAUUAGCAUCAGGUGCUUGUAGAAAAAGGCUCUGAAGAAAGAAAAGGGAAGUGGGUGGAGAUUACACUGCUGGUUGAUGUCAGGUAGAUGUAGGCCAUAAGCAUUUGAACAGUGGAGUCAGCUUUUUAAUGAAACCUUAAAUCUACACUGCCUGGCCAAAAAAAGGUCUCAAGCUCUAAUAGUUGGUCGGACUACCUUUUAGCUUCGGCUGUGGCAUCGUUUCUACAAGCUUCUGGAACGUCACAACUAUUCAUAACUUAUUUCUCUCCAGAGCUACAAAUAAAAUAAGUAUUGAUGAUGGGUGAUUUAGAGCACUGUGCAAAAUCUUCUCCAGCACCAAAGAUUUUCAAUGAGGUUCAUGUAGUGGUCAAGGAUGAACUCCUGCUCCCUGAACCCUGCACUCUUUCACAGUUUGAACCCCAUGAAUCCUGGCAUUGUCAUCUUGGAAUAUGGCCGUGCCAUCAGUUAAAAAAAAAUAAAAAAUCCAUGGAUGGAAUAACCUGGUCUAUAUUCAGUAUAUUCAGGUAGUCAGCUGACCUCAUUCUUUCAGCACAUACUGUUGCUGAACCUAAACCUGCAGACCAACUGCAGCAGAUAUUCCAGAUCAUAGCUCCGCCCCCACAGACUUGUACAGUAUGGUAGGCACUAGAGAUGAUUGGUGCAUCACUUCACCUCACUCUCUCUCUCUCUUUUACUUCACUUUCUACUUACCCUGAUGCUCCAACACUCUGGAACAAGAUAAAUCUGGACUCAUUAGACUUUGCUCUAUCAAUCUUUAUGCUCCCUAGUGAACCGAAGUCGUUUUCGUUCGGUUAGCUUCAAUGAUAAGUACUUUUUUUUUUUAAAGCUACAGUGCUGUUUAAGUCCCAAUCCCUUGAGUUUCCUCUACUGCAUUGUGCAUGUGGGAAAGCUCUUACUUUCACUAUUAAUCAUAUGCCUAAGUUCUAGUCUUCUUUUAAUACCAUUUGAUUUUACCAAACAUUUAAGUGAUCGCAGAUCACUAUCAUUUUAUUAAUUCCUGGAAGAUGAGGUUUCCUCAGUGUCCUUCCACUUUUUAAUAAUGUUUUGUUCUUAAUGUGCAGUUCUUAACCUGAUUUUAGUAGUUUCAGCGAUUUCCCUCAUGCCAGUAAUCUGAUCCUUCUGAAACAGAUGAGCGUCUUUUCCAUGACCAAUGGAUGCGUCUUUCCAUUUGGUUGUUUAGCAAAUGAGAAGCUACUCACUGCAUCAGGUAGAGUUGAAUAACUUGCCGCCAGCUGAAAAAUAAUGCGGUGCCCAUGCAGUAGUUAUCCAGUGGUAGGCUCUUACUUAUUUGCUUAGUAUUUUUUUUAUAUAUAUAUAUAUUAAUUUUAUGUAGCAUAUUUAAGCAUUUUUAUUAAUUCUUUUUAAGCAUUUCAAUGCCUAAUCAAAGGUCAAAUUCUCUAUAAUAAUGGGUAAUUGCAUUGUAAGUCUAUUGUCUUUAGAUCAGUGGCAUAAAUUAGCUUUAAAAUGAUGGUAAUAAUAUUAUUUAUCGCAGUCAUUUUUGGAUCGUGACCGGCCUACGUCUUUAAGCGCCUUCAGUAGGUGCCAUAAUGUUCAAUGAGCUUCAGAACAGCAUUCAAAGUUAAAAGUUGUUUUGGCUCUGAACACUAUAGCUGCUUUAGCUUUGUGUUUCAGUGUUGUUCAGUGAGUUGCGAGGCGUUUGAUUGGACCUGAGCAGUGAAGAUCAUUUUGUACACUUCAGAAUUCACAUCUUCAACAGACUGCCAGCCAGCCAGUCAGAGUUCCGCUGGAAGUCGUACAUGCUCCUGACAGUAUGCUUCACAUAUGAGGUGGUUUUACUGUUAAACUUGAGCAGUUGAGAUCCUUUUGUCUUCUCAGUGCUGUUCUCUUUCUGUCACACUUAUGUAAGUUUAUCUUCUGCUCUUCUUCUCAUCUAUCUAUAAGAGCAGUGAGACUAUAUCUGCCUGGUAGAGGAGAGGAAACUUAUGUCUUAGUACUUUGGUCAAAAGUGUGACUUCCAAUCCUAGAAGUGGUUUAUUUUGUCAAAGGUUGGCUUAAGCCCUAUCCGGACGGGAUUAGUUUCUCAGGGGGACGUCUGUGAAAAAUAUUUCACACUUCUACUCGGUGAUAAAACUCUUGCAUCCAAACUGGAAUUAAAAAAAGGGGUACCAGUGAGUUUCUUUUUUUUUUUUUUUUUGGCUUUCUCGGUCACGUGACAUCACGUUCACUAGCUCCUCCAUGUCCAGUCGCUGUUGCAUUUUACAUGGAUCUCUGCGGAAACGCACACCCAAAGUGUAAUUACGGUGCGUGGGUGGCAGUGGACAAAUAGCUGUUUUAUUAAACGCAAGGACACAAAACUCAGAGAUGUGUGUCCAGAUGGGACUAAAAUUACUGUAGGACCACGGAGUUGAGCGAAACUCGAACAGUAGAUAAAUCAGCCUGUAAUUUUCUCAGAGGACGUCUGAGAAAAACACAUGGAUGGUCGUUUCGGCCGGGAAUAAAAUCACAGAGGACCCCCCCAUAGAAGAGAAAUAAGAAAAUUACCCCAGGACCCCUCUGAGAAACUAAUCCCGUCCGGAUAGGGCUUUUUUAGCUCCUGAGAUAUUGUGAUAAAAUGUCUUUAGAUUUUUCGAAGCAACAUUAUGCAUAAUUUUAACUGAAAAUAGCAGAUUUUGAUGCAUUUUGAUACUUCACCGGCCUGUAAACGGGAGAAUAGCAUCUCUUAUCUUUGGUGCGUUGAUUUUGCUGUGCUGCUAACUGCACUGUGUAACUCUGGUGAAGCUGGCAAAUCCUGUGUUAUUGCUUUACCGCCUGCUCAGUCCAGUGCUUCUUUUUAAAUCGAUAACAGUUCUGUUUCUGGGUUCAGCUUGUCCAGAAAGGCAUGUGUGAAAAGUAUGUCCUUUAAGGGAAGCUCAAAGCACAAACUACGUUUAACUACUUUUGAAAGAUUAAAGGAAAGGACAAAUCUUGCAUAAUGUUGCUUUAAAGAUCUUUCAUCGCUGUCCAAUUAAAAAAAAUCGAUUUUUAUUUUACUAUAUAAUUUGAACAGAAAAUCUGUCCCUUACACUGAGCCAAAAUUUCUUGAUGAAUGGACCAAUAGAAAUACUUCAAAAUUACCUAAAAAAAAUUGACUUCUGUUGAAAGUUUAGAAGGUUUUUUCUCUCUCCUGUAAAGUUGCUGUAUUUUAUUGGACAGCGAUGUUUUAUUAAGUAUUAUUUGCUGAGUUAUUGUUAAUUGAGUUAUUAUUACAAAAUUCUCACAUUUUUUCCUGUAACAUUAUGGCGAAUCAUAUAUUUCAGAAAACGGAACACAAACUCUUAUCAGCCAAAAUUAAAACCGCCAGCAUCAUAUUAAGCAGGUCCAAAAGCAGGUUCCCUUUGUGCCUCCAGAAUGACUCAACCGACUCAAUGACCCACUGUAGAACAGCGAGGGUGUCCUGUGAUAUCUGGCACCGAUAGAUCAUAUAGUGACAUCCCACAUCUCCUUUAUUUUGUGUAAACUAGAAGAAUAAUAAUAAGAAGAAGAAGGCCUCCAUAAUCAGUUCCAGAGCUCUUUAAGCUCUUUAUGUUCUUCACUGUAAACACUGUGUCAUGUCUUUCUGUUGUGAAUCAGUGCUUUUCUCUCAUGAAUCUGCCUGGAUGGUGAUCUUUGAUGCUCUACAGUAGAACUGUAAAGACUCAUGAUGACCUAAUUUACUGUCAUUGACUCUACUUUGAUCCCCAUAUAUGAAAAACAGCAGCUCCAGAUGCAGAACAAACACAGCCGACAAAGACCAGAUCUCCUACACUCUUAACAGCAAGUCACCUUAAAUGUAUUUGUUUUCUACAUUGUAGAUUAAUACUCAAGUCAUCCAAGGUAUGAAGAGAAACAUAUAUGUAAUUAUUCUGCAAACAGAGGAAACUUGUGUCUUAGUACAACAAAUGUUGGCUCACUAGCUCUUGAGAUUAUGUGACAAAAUGUUUUGUUUUCAUAAUUUUAAUCUGAAAAUAUCAGCUUUUAAUGCAUUGUGAGUUCGGUGUGCUACUAACUGCACUAUAUAAUUAUUCUGCAAACAAAAAACAAAAAAAGGUGUUAUAUUUUAGAUUCUUCAAAGUAGCACCCUUUUGCUUAGAUAGAGAUAGAGUUUUGCACAUCUUGGCUAGAUUUUCUCGUCAGCUUUAUGAGGUAGAGUCACCUGGAAUUCAGGCUUUCAGUUAACAGCUGUGCUAAACUUGUCAAGUGUUAUGUACUUAAAUUACUUGCCUCUUAAUAAGUUGUUUCGAUUAAUGGUCUGUAAUGUUUGUUUAAAUUAUGUGUUAAGAGAAGAUAAAAUGACAAUGUAAACAAGUAGAACAUUUAUUUAAAACUAUAUAAUAAUUUUAGGUUCCUUACUGUAUAAACUCUUUACAACUUUUGAUAUUAAAUUUUUUAUGUAAAUUUAGCAUUGACAGAACGGGUUGAAUCACGCUCUACUCCUGCUCAAUGUUAGCAGACUCCAUUCAGAUAAAUGGAGCUGACUAACUAACUAGCUUGCUGUAUGGUGGCCUAGACGGCCUUCUUCUACGGUGGCCAAGUAGAUGUGAAAUGCGGUAUGCAGUACUGUUGGGAGUAGGAGCAGAAAAAAUAAAACUUAAAUGCAUUUUUAAAUCAGUUUCAGUUAUUUUGAAUAGAUUCAGAUUCGCCAGGACUAGGAAUCACCAUUUUUUAAAGAAUCGUGUUUUUUUUU